AUGGGAGCUCCAAAUGGGACACUGGUGACUGAAUUCAUCUUGAUUGGAUUAUCCGAACAUCCCAGAGUACAGGUUGUGUUCUUCUGCUUCUUCUUAACAGCAUACCUUGUCAGCAUUCUUGGCAAUGGUCUCAUCAUCAUAUUGAUUGUUGCUGAUCCCCAGCUUCAUACUCCCAUGUAUUUCUUUCUCUGUGUCCUCUCGUCGAUCGACCUCAUCAUCAGCAAUAACACUGUUCCUGAGGUCUUGGCCAACUGCUUCCUUUACAUGCCCACUAUCUCCUUCUACAGAUGUCUGGUCCAGAUGUAUGUUGGUAUGAUCCUUUUCUCAACAGAAACAAUUCUGCUGGCCAUCAUGGCAUAUGACCGCUAUGCAGCUAUAUGCCAGCCCCUACACUAUAUGCAGAUCAUGAGCUGGACAUUCUGCAUCAACCUGGUGGCUUCAACUGUAGCCCUCUCCUUCCUGAUAACUUUCAUCACAGUGCUGUUGCAGCCAACUGAUUUCUGUGGCCACUACAUCAUCAAUCAUUUUGCAUGUGAGAUACAGUCUUUUCUCAAGUUGGCUUGCUUCGACAAACAUACUAGUAAGGUCUUUGUGCAUGUUUCCAGCCAGUUCCUCCUAAUACCACCCUUUGGUUUCAUUGUUGUGACAUACGGGCGCAUAGGUUUCGCCGUAAUGCGCAUCCGCUCAGCACAGGGUCGCAAGAAAGCCUUCUCCACGUGUAGUUCUCACCUCACUGUGGUCAGUAUCUUCUACGGUGCCCUCAUGGUCAUGUACGUGAAGCCCCAACAGAAAUUUCUUUCUGAAGAGGAAAAAAUUGUUUCUGUAAUGUAUGGGGCUCUAACUCCCAUGCUCAAUCCACUCAUCUACAGUUUGAGGAACAGGGAUGUGAAGGCAGCUUUCUGGAAAGUGAUUGGAGGAAAAAUUUCAAAAUGA